UCCGGCUUCCCUCGCCGCCGUCAACCCGCUCCAGGCCUCUACGCGCCUCCUCCCACCACCAUGGCCGAUGAAAUCGUCAUCGACAAGCAGCUCUUCCACGAGCGCCUGAGCAACUUUGUCGCAAAGUGGAAGACGGACAAGCGCUCAGGCGACUCCAUCUUCCAGGGCGCAAGCUCGAUCGCAACUGUCGUGGGCAAGCAGAGCGACCCAGGCAUCUACCUCAAGCCCGCCGCCUUCCAAUUGUGGUUGUUAGGCUACGAGUUCCCGUCGACUCUGCUUAUUAUUACGCCCGACCUGCUCCAAAUCGUCACAACCAAGAAGAAGGCUUCGUACUUGGAGCCGCUCAAGGGUGGCAAGGUGCCCGUUGAGAUUCUCGUUCGCGGAAAGGACGCCGAUGAGAACAAGAAGCAGUUCCAGACAUGCUUGGACACGCUCAAGAAGGCGGGCAAGAAGGUCGCCGUGCUUAAGAAGGACCACUCGGCUGGAGCCUUUGCCGAGGAGUGGAAGGCUGCGCUACAGGAGGCUGCCAUCAAGGAGGAGGACCAGGUCGACCUGGCGCCUGUUCUCUCCAACGCCGCCUUGUCUGUCAAGGACGAGAAGGAGCUUCGCAUCAUCCGCGAUGCUUCCCGAGCCUCCAGCGCCCUCAUGACCAACUACUUCGUCGAGGAAAUGUCCGACAUCCUUGACACGGAAAAGAAGGUCACCCACCGAACCCUCGCCGACAAAGUCUCCAACAAAAUCGAUGACACCAAGUUCUUUGAGAAGCAAAAGGUGUCCAAGGCCUUUGACAGUGUUCAACUUGACUGGUGCCUGCAGCCCACGGUACAGAGUGGUGGAACCUACGAUCUCAAAUUCGCCUCCGAGCCCGACGACAGCAACCUGCACGCAGGUGUCAUCAUCUCCUCGCUUGGUCUCCGUUACCAAACAUACGGCGCCAUGGUCGGCCGGACAUAUAUGGUUGGCCCCAACAAGGAGCAAGAGAACGCCUACAAACUGCUAUUGGCCAUCCACGAACUCGUCAUCAAGUCCAUCAAGGAUGGCGUAGUGGCAAAGGACGUAUACAGCAAGGCUCUGGCCCACCUGAAGUCGAAGAAGCCAGAAUACGAGAAGAACUUUGUCAAAAACGUAGGAUACGGUAUCGGUACCGAGAACAAAGACAACACGCUUCUUCUCAGCGGCAAGAACCUGCGCGUUCUGAAGGAUGGCAUGACAUUGGUCGUCCAGACAGGUUUCCAGGACCUGGAAAAUGGCAAGCCGCAGGAUAAGAAGAGCAAGAGCUACUCACUUGUUCUGACGGACACUGUUCGCGUUGGGCAGGGAGACUGUGCAGUCUUCACUAAGGACACAGCUUCCGAUCUGGAUGCCAUCUCCUUCUUCUUCAACGACGAGGAAGAAGAGGAGGCGAAGCCCAAAGUAAAGAAAGAGCGUGCUCCCGCUAUUGCGCAAACCAACAUCACCAAGACUCGUACACGACACGAGCGAACGACCAAUCAAGAUGCAGAGAAGGAAGAACAGCGGCGACAACAUCAAAAAGAGUUGCAUGCCAAGAAGCAGCAGGAGGGCCUGGAAGAGUACGGCGAGGAUGCGAAGGCUCUCAACGGUACCGAGGAGAAGAAGUUCAAAAAGUUCGAGUCGUACAAGCGCGAUAACAUGUUGCCUACUUCAGUCGCCAAGUUGGAGAUUGUUGUGGACAAGAAGGCCUUGACUGUCCUUCUUCCCAUCAUGGGUCGGCCCGUACCAUUCCACAUCAACACAAUCAAGAACGCCUCUCACACUCCCGAGGCCGACUUCACAUCACUCCGUAUCAACUUCCUCUCCCCAGGUCAGGGUGUCGGCAGGAAAGACGAUCAACCUUUCGAAGAUCCCAAUGCACACUUUAUUCGUAGUCUGACCUUCCGCUCACACGACAUUGAUCGCAUCGACCAGAUUACGAAAGAUAUUACGGAUUUGAAGAAGGACGUCGUCAGACGCGAGACGGAGAAGAAGCAACUGGAGGAUGUCGUGGAGCAAGACAAGCUCAUCCUUCUGAAGACCCGAAAGCCCUUCAUGCUCGAUCUUAUCUUCAUCCGACCUGCACUCGACGGCAAGCGUAUUCCCGGAAGCGUCGAGAUUCACCAGAACGGUCUGCGCUACGUCCACGGUGCCAACGGCUCCAAGGUCGAGAUUCUGUUUAGCAACAUGAAGCAUCUGUUUUUCCAGCCUUCGCAACACGAGCUGAUCGUCAUCAUCCACGUCCACCUCAAAAACCCCAUCAUGCUCGGCAAGAAGAAGACCAAGGACAUUCAAUUUGUCCGUGAAGCCACAGAAAUGCAGUUUGACGAGACAGGUAACCGCAAGCGUCGACACAAGUUCGGCGACGAGGAGGAGUUUGAGCAGGAACAGGAAGAGCGCAGGCGGCGAGCAGCUCUCGACAAGGAGUUCAAGAACUUCGCCGAGAAGAUCGCAGACGCUGCGCGGAACGAGAACGUCAGCGUCGACAUUCCUUACCGUGAACUUGGUUUCAACGGUGUGCCAUCGCGCUCAUCGGUGCUCGUGCAGCCCACCACAGACUGCUUGGUACAACUCACUGAACCUCCGUUCACCUGCCUUACACUCUCCGAGAUUGAAAUCGUUCACCUCGAACGUGUACAGUUUGGCCUGCGAAACUUCGAUAUGGUCGUUGUUUUCAAGGACUACAACCGUCCUCCCGUACACAUCAACACCAUCCCUGUCGAAUCGCUGGAUCCGGUCAAGGAUUGGCUAGACUCCGUCGACAUCCCCUUCAGCGAGGGACCACUCAACUUGAACUGGGCCACCAUCAUGAAGACGGUCACGUCAGACCCGCAUUCCUUCUUCGCUGACGGCGGUUGGUCGUUCUUGGCCACCGACUCCGACGACGAGGACGGCCAGGAGGAGGAGGAAGAAUCUGCAUUUGAGGUCUCGGAGUCUGAGCUCGCCAUCUCGGAUGAGUCGUCCGAGGAGAGCGACUUUGACGAGAACGCAUCCGACGAGAUGAGUGACGAGGGGUCCGAGGAUGAUUUCUCCGAGGGCGAGUCGUGGGAUGAACUGGACAAGAAGGCGGCCAAGAAGGACAAGGAGACGGCGCAAGACGAAGAUGAGGAUGACGGGAAAGCAAAGAAGAGGAAGCGCUGAACUGACACCGUGCCGGAUGAAUAGUCUAGGCAUAUUGCCGGUACAGCGCGCGCAUGCGGUCUUGGCCAUAUUUGGAUUAUCUUCCGGGCAAGUCACUUGGUUUGCUUUCUCUUUUUUUCCUGCUUUUUGCACUGCUUCAUGUAAUAUCGGGCACGAGUCGGACUCUGAGAUGCGGGCUGUGAUACCGGAUUCAAGUCGGGCUUUGGCGUUUGACACACUUUUUUACAAAAUGAUUGGUACUUUAAGUUCGCAAAUAUGUGCUACCGCUUCGAACUAGCUCGUCUUUUGGGCUCUGUGAUGUUGGCAGCAGUUCAAUCUCUCCAGGAUGAAUC